AUGGGUAUCAAAGUAGUAAGAAAUCAAGCUAUAAUAAGCCACAGACGGAUUUCAGGCAUGAGGGAACCAAGACUUCGCCGACGGAAACCCGAGCUCCCGAGCCGGAGCGGGGAGCUCUCCCGGCGGCAGACAGCUCCAGCCGCGGUCUCCCGUCGCUUCCAGGCCUCGUCCGGGGGCUCGGGCCUCUCGGACCCGCUCCCCGAGCUCCACUGCGCGCGGGCGCCCACCGCCCGGCCAGCCUGGCCAGCCCGGCCCUCGGCCCGCAGGUGGGGGCGGGGCUUCGGGCCGGGGGCGGGGCCGGCGCGAGAGCGAAUGGCGGUUCUUUCGACUCCGCGGUUUCGUAGCCUUGGCAGCCAGAGCGAGCUUUCCGGCCCCGGGCCGAGCGGGUCCGCGUUUCGUAGCCGUGGAAGUGGCUUCUGCCGGAAAAGGAGGACAGGAUGUUCUGGUCCUUUUCAAGCUACUCAGCUAUAGGAUGAUAUUAUUCAUUCCCUUCAGACUCAAGUGGAAAUAAAAAGAAGGAGGCAUCAUUUACGAACAUACAAAGACUGUUUUACUGGUUCUGAUGCUUUUGGUGUAGUAUUAAGUCAUCUUAUGCAAAAUAUGUGCCUAAGUAGUAAUGAUCUCUCUCGUCUUAAAGGAGUUCAUCUUUGCCAAGUUCUAAUGAACCAUAAGGUAUUUCAACUAGUAGGAGUGAAGCUAUUCAAAAAUGAGAAGGAAUUGGAAUUUGAAGAUUCAAACAAUAGACUCCAUAGGUUUCUAGGCAAUAAAUCAUCUUAUUUUUUUUGUGAAAGAAAAAAGGAUGCUGAGAAUGGAUUAACAGAUAAAAUAAAUGCAAAGAAAUCUUUAAGACCAGAAGAUGAAAUAAUUUCAAAUCCUCUAGCAGAAAUUGGUGAGAAAAGAAUUAAGGAACUUAUUCAUGCAAAGAGUGGGAAUCUGGCUUUACCUCCAAAUAUCACAGUUGACAAACCUGUUCUCCCGCUUUCAAAAGAAGUCUUUGUCAUCUUGGUAACUCAUGUAACAGAAAGUGAGAUAAGAACUGAAACACUGGAGGCAACACAACUUAAGAUUGUUGUUGCCAACAAUAGAGAAGAAUUAGGACGGCUACUUACUUUUAUGGCUAUUGCAUCAGAGCCUAAUGCCUACACGUUACAAAAACAGUAUGAUAAUAAAACGGUUGUCCUGAAAACUCUUGCCAAAGCAGUUUUUCAAACCAAAUCAUUAUCAAAAGUACGGGCAGAACAACUCAUCUGGUUUCUACUGGAAUAUCACUCUGAGCUCUUCAAGACACCAGUUACUUUAUUGGACCUGGUUAGGAAGAAACUGAAGAAGCUUCUGCAUGGAGAAGAUCCAGAUGCCGUAUCAGGCUUCACAUUUUGCCAACGCCUGACAUACAAGGAAUUUGAAAAACACAAGGAAAUGACAACUCAGUAUCUUCACCAGUUGGCUCUUGAGAUUACUAGUAACCCCAGUAUCUCUUUGAAACAAAGAAAGAAAUUAAUUAAGGAAUUUCAAAAACACCAUCCAGAAGCUUUGCAUUAA